AUUUAAUUAUGGACGCUGCUGAAGUAUAACAUGAUGGUUCCUCACCAUCCAAGAAAGUUAAAUCAAAUCCAAAUGCUCUUAAUUCUCUUAGAGAACAUACUGUGGUUGUAGCUGACACAGGCAAGAUCAAUGACAUCUAAAAAUUCUAACCUCAAGAUGCCACCACCAAUCCUAGUCUAAUCCUUGAGGCAGCCAAAUUACCAGAAUAUCAAGCCUUGAUUGACGAUGCUAUCCAAAAAGGAAUCAAAGCUUAUCAACUCUCCAAACAACCAGUUUAAAAAUAACCAAAAAGAACAAAUUCUAGAAAAAAGAAGGAUGAACCUGAAAAUUAAGAAAUAGUUGAACCAGAAUUACCAUAAUUCAAUUUUAAUACCUUAAAUCCAGAAGAACAGAAAAGUGUUAUUGGAUUGGUAACUGACUAAUUGAGUGUCAAUUUUGGAUUGGAAAUUCUUAAGUUAGUUCCUGGCUAUGUUUCCACUGAAGUAGAUGCUCGUUUGAGUUACGAUAAAUAAGCAACAAUUGAUAAGGCCAAGAGGAUUAUCUCCCUAUAUGAAUAAGCUGGCAUUUCUAAGGAUAGAAUCCUUGUAAAAAUUGCAAGUACUUGGGAAGGAAUUCAAGCAGCAAAAGCCUUGAAAAAGGACGGAAUCUCAUGCAAUAUGACACUCAUUUUUAAUUACCAUCAAGCUUUGGCUUGUGCAUAGGCUGGAGUCAGAUUGAUUUCCCCAUUUGUUGGUAGAAUUUUAGAUUGGUUUGUUAAAAAUAAGAGUGGUGAAGAUUAUACUAAAUAAAAUCAUCCUGGCGUUAAAUUAGUAACUAGCAUCUGGAAUAGCUUCAAGAAAUUCAAGUAUGAUACAAUUGUCAUGGCUGCAUCUCUAAGAUUGGUAGAUGAAGCUGCUGAAUUAAGUGGAUGUGAUAGAAUGACUAUCCCUAUCAAAUUGCUCAACGAUCUGUAAGGAUUAGAGGGAACAGUAUUGGAACCAAAAUUGAGAGUGGAAAAUUUGGAAAAGUUAAAUAUUGAGAAAAUCACUGUUGAUGAAAAAACUUAUAGAUGGGAAAUGAACUAAGAUGCUAUGGGUACAGAGAAAUUAAAUGAGGGAAUUAGAAAGUUUGCUUAAGAUUUAGAAACUUUGGAAAAUGUAAUCAAAUAAAAAUUAACAUAAAAUAACUAAUGAAACAGUUAACACAUUAAUAUAUAUAACAAAACAUUAGUAUCAAAGUUUAAA